AGUUCAGGCAAAAAACAUUGUACAAAAGCGAAUUUUCGGUUGUUGAUUUAUUGAAUAGAAAAAUAAGAAGAAGAAAUAUUGUUUUCAUGUACUCUCGUAAUUUUGCAAACGUUUCCAGCCUUUUUCAUUCUGCAACGUAUUUAAAUGCUUAUUGCUCACAUAAAUAUUUAAAAAUGAUUUCGUUGGAAAGUGUUAUAGAAAACAACAAUAAGAGUAUGAAAUUAGUGGAUGCUUUAAAAUCCGAGUUAACAGCCAUUCAAGCCGAGCUUCUAAAUCGAAAGAAAAGCGAGCUUAGGGGAGAAAACGCCCGCUUGCAAAAACAGGUGGAAUCGGUUAAAGCUGAGUUGAUUGCUUUGGAAUGCAGAAAUGGCAAAAAGCAAAUUCCCCUGCCCGGAACACGUAGUUUAAAUACCGCAUCUUGUGAUGAUAGCACAGAUAAUCAGCCACAACAAUUUCAAAAAAAGGAAAACGAAAAAACAAAAUUGGAAAAAGGGAAAAAGGUAACAAAGGAGAAAACCCAGGAAAAAACAAAAAAUGCGGCAAUAAUUGAAGUGCCUGUAGAUGUGAGACGUUUAGAUUUACGUAUAGGUAAGAUUGUAGAAGUUUCGCGUCACCCCGACGCUGAUAGCUUAUACGUAGAAAAAAUCGAUUGUGGAGAAUCGCAAGCACGCACAGUUAUCUCAGGUUUGGUCAAGUUUGUGCCUUUGGAAGAAAUGGAAAAUCGUUUGGUCGUUGUAUUAUGCAAUCUGAAACCAGUUAAAAUGCGAGGAAUUCUUUCAGAAGGCAUGGUUAUGUGUGCCUCCAGCACAGAUAAAAUUGAAGUGCUAAGUCCGCCUGAAAAUGCUAUGCCUGGCGAUCUGGUGCACUGCGAGGGAUUUCCAAGAGAACCCGAUGCGCAACUAAACCCCAAAAAGAAAAUCUUUGAAACAUGUGCUCCAGAUUUAAAAACCAAUGACUCUUUAGUGGCUUGUUUCAAAGGCUCCCCCCUGCAUGUACCAGGGAAAGGCCAGAUACUCGCCCAAACUUUAAAAAAUGUUCAAGUCAAAUAAGUUUAUUUGCUAAAUUUUCAAAUUUUUGUUUUAUUUGAUUUUUAUAUACAAUAAAGAAACAACUCUUCUGCUUCAA